UUACCGCCGGAAGUUCGGCGACCAGCACCAAAGAGUGCAGGUCCGGCUAGCUAGCUAGAAGGGCUCGUUUCCGCCCCACUCCCGGGUGGUGGGCGGCCAUUUUAGGUGCGUGCAAUUAAGGACUGUGGUGGGAUUGGCUCUACAAGCGGACUAGUCCGCUGGUCCCCACCUACCAGAGCCCUUCCCCGCGGGGCGGGACCUCCUAACGGCGGACUCCUUUCCAGGUGAAGGGUACCUGCUGAAGAAACACUUAAAUUCUGGAAAUAGCGACUCUAUCAUGGCCGGCAGCCCUAAUGAAGAUUCAGAAGGAAGCAGAAUUACUUAUGUGAAAGGAGACCUUUUCGCAUGCCCCAAGACAGACUCUUUAGCGCACUGCAUCAGUGAGGAUUGUCGAAUGGGCGCUGGGAUAGCUGUCCUCUUCAAGAAGAAAUUUGGAGGGGUGCAGGAACUGUUAAGUCAACAAAAGAAAUCUGGAGAAGUGGCUGUUCUGAAGAGAGAUGGGCGAUAUAUAUAUUACUUGAUUACAAAGAAGAGGGCUUCACACAAGCCAACUUAUGAGAACUUGCAGAAGAGUUUAGAGGCCAUGAAGUCCCAUUGUCUGAAGAAUGGAGUCACUGACCUCUCCAUGCCCAGGAUUGGGUGUGGUCUUGACCGUCUGCAAUGGGAACAUGUAUCUGCGAUGAUUGAGGAGGUGUUUGAUGCAACGGAUAUCAGAAUCACUGUGUACACACUCUGAACAGAUGACCAUUUUGGAUGUGCCCACCUCCUGUGUCAUCUGUAACGGGCCAUAGGACUGAGCAAACUGACUUUAAAAUGGUCAGAGGAAAGUUUCAUGUGAAGUCGUCUGUGACAAAAGCCAGACUUCGGUUGUUGUAUUCUCAUGAUUGGACUGGGACUCUGGAGGAGGGUCUGCUUGGGAAAUAUUACUUGUUAUUAUUAUUGUGUUUUUUUUUUUUUUUCAGGAAGGUAAGGAGUAGAUGGCCUGAUAUUAGACAGGGAAACCAAAAGUUGGGUCUAGGACUCCUGUCUUCCUUGGGAUGCUACCUGAUUUGUGUGGCUUGCCACUAGGUGGCAGCAUUGCUUCUACUUCUCUGCUGUUUAAGAGAAAUUUCAGGGAGGAUGAACAUUUCAAUUAUUUUGCAUCUUUGGUCAUUUGUGCACUUACUUGGUAUUAUCCUUAUGUCAUCACAUUCACCCUAGGAGAGAAUUAUGGGUUUGGUUUUGUUUAAAUUACAGAAAAGAGUUUUAUGUUGUUAACAGGGGAUUUGUGGUGACAAGAAUGGAAACAUAAAUAUCUUGGGCGGGUGGUGGGGGCGGUGAGGUUCCCUGCACAGGUCUAUGUUCUGGACUUGGGCAGUGGAGGAUUCACCCGUAACUCAGUUUGGAGGAGUCAGAUAGUGGUUCUGGUGGGGAGAGCAGCAAGGUGAGAAAUAAGACCUUGGGAUGGGCAGUUGAUGUGGGUCAGCAUGCUGGAAAGGCAGCCUUUCCUAAUCCCACGGUGAACUCAUGCUCUCUUCUUCCCACUGCAUAGUUCUGUGAUUGAACCUGUCUGAAGUUAAUCAUGAAACAGGUGAAAUACCUGGCAAAGUUCUUCGUGUGGAGUAAUGACUCAGUAAAUCAGUGGUCAACAAAAUGCAUGUGAAUCUUAAAAAAUAAAAUAAACAUCCACUUUCUCCAGAAGAAUUCAAAUUUGGUAAUGUGGCUGGGGGAGAGUGGCCAGGUUUCUUUGUGUUUUUCAGCUCCAGAGGAUUCUGAUGUGUAGUAGCUGGGAUCAAGAACAGUAAAUGUUAAUCCCCUUUUCUUCUAAGCUGGGAGAGCAGGGCUUUGUCCACUCUUGAUUUCAUGGUGGAAGAACAAGGUUGUGGAUUUAGUCAGUGGUUCAGUAUCAGAGAUACGGGGAAAACCAGUGGAAUUGUUUUUUUCCUCCACUUACUGUGGUGUUAAGAGUUCACAUGACAGACUUCCUAUUGAUUUUCUCCCUAGAGUGAAUUCUGGGUCUGUCAUGGGACUUGCUGCUUUCCCAAGUGUAAAAGAUCUAGAUUCUAGAAGAGGCUUGUUGAAACACCAGGAAAGCACUGGUUAAAUAUAAUCUUUGUACUUUAGACUUGUGUUCUUAUCGCAUCUCAGCCUGAUACGAGGCAGCAGUUUCAGAAAGUAUUUCACUUCUUUUGUAUCUCCGUGUGUAACAGACGAGUUCUCAAGUGUUGGGGCAGGGACAGUGCUGGUGCAGAUUCAUUAUCAAACGUUUAGACUAAGAUCUUCAUGAAGCUCUGUUUUUGUCCACAUACAUAGAGUAUAAUUGAGGGGAAAAAAAGGCAGAGGAGGUCUAUACAAAACUAAAAAUGAGAGUGGGGUGAUAAGAGGAAACUUAAGAGUGUUUUGCUUCACUAUGCAAAUAAAUCUUAACACUGGGUAAAAACGCUGGUUUUCUUGACUGCUUCUACAUUUAAAGGAAUUAGGGUUAAUUUUUUUCAUGGAACUUGAGCCUCACUCACGUCUCUUACAAAACCUCUUGGAGAGGUCUGGCUGUGAGUGGAUUUCAGCUGGGUUGUGAUAAAGUGCUUUGUCAUUUGCAGAUAGUCUUGGGGUCAAAUUCCGAUGACUUAUCACACUUGGAGCCUGGGGAAAGGAGACAUGGCCUGAUAAUUGGAAUGAACACAUUCUUAGAAACCUAGUUAGAAUUUGGCAAACACCCAGAAAGUCAUGUGUGAAAACUUGCUUCUACAUAGGACUCAAACCUUUUCAGAAAUGAGACUUUUGACAUCAUCCUAUACCAUCAAGGACCAUACACUGACCGCUCUUACAUGAUGUGUAUCCAGACAUUGAAAUCGUACUUCUCACCCUCUCCUCUUUAAUCAAGAGGCUAAGUGCUUAUGAAUUGGCAGUCGGGGUUGUUUAUAUACGUUAUACUGCAUUUCCAAUGCCUUUUGUCUUAUCCUCUGCCACAGUCCUUGUCUCCAGAGGAAGGAAAAGACACUCAUUUACAAGUGAUCUUGGAAGAAAAUAUUUUAUGAAGGUCAAGACCAAGGUGUGAAGUGUGGAUGGGGGAGUUGGCACAUCCUGUGUUAUCCAGGCAAGUCCUGGUUUAAGUCUUCCUCCCCCUUUAUGUGUUGUUUAAGCUUGGUUCAUAGCCUGGGACAGCCCUAUUCCCAAGACUUGCUCACUGUCCAAAGUAAUUUCUAAAUGUCCAAGUUCCUUAAAAAAGCUGGUCACAGAAAGACCACACCACCUUUUUUUAUUAAUGUUGCUGUUUUUCUUUAAAAAAAAAAAAAAUCCCAACUUAACAUCGGAUGCAUUUCUGGACAUAUUUCAAAGAUGUGCAGACUUUGCACAUCUUUGAGGCUUUUUGCCGUAAGCAGCCCAGUCAGGGGAAUAAGGAGGACCUUCAGCCCCACGGAUGCCUGGUGCCCGCGUGUGGUUGCCAUUUCUCUCCUCGCAGCUC